AUGAUCAGCGAUUCCAGCACUGGCGAUGGAAUAGAAUACCCAGAUAAAUUUUGGGAAAACGCGACAGACGAAGACAUCGUGGAUGCGACGGCUUUUGCUAUUGGCAACAUGCGUUUCUACGACCUUUCUCGCCUCCAAAACAUCGAAUUGAUCGAGCUCUUGAUCGAGCGCGAGGAGAAUCUCUCAAGAAUCCUGACACCCCGCUACAAGAAUCUGGAUUGUCGAUGCCAUCGGCUCAGGCUGGGGGUGCGCUAUGGAUCAGAGGACUUUGUUACGAACCUUGGUGACUUGCUUUAUCAUUUCGAUGCGGAAAUAGUCGAAUGCCAUGGUGCCGGCACCUUGGUUCCAGAUCACUUCAUAGAAGGAAGGACGUUGUCGGAGAUUCGUCUCUCUAAUAUGGAAGAAAUUCCUCUGUAUAAACUUCUUCAAACGUUUACGCAGAUCGAAAUCCUUGCGUGCGAAGACUCUUGCGUCUGCUGGAAUUUGCGCCAACCGGUGGUUCACUCGAAACUCAAGGCAUUAACCUUUGACUGCGAAUGGGAUGCGAAGGAUUUGGGCUGGCUAAAAUAUCUUUGCUGUUCGGUGUUGGAGAAACUCGAUGCCCCAUGGCCGGCAACGCACAAGUCAUUCACAACAUUUCUCGCUCACGCGCCCAGUAUUCGACGACUCAAUCUGGCACAGUAUAUGAACGAAGAAAAUAUCUCGGGGCUCGUGAGGUAUCCUCGCGUCGAGUCUCUGGUACUCCCAGGUAGUAGUAUCGACUUGGUCUACAAUUGA